AUGGCUGCGGAAGCACUGAGGCGAACUCGAACCGUUUCCAUGGAAACCGGAGGGCUCCCGCUGGUAUCUACGUUUGCACUUCUCACAAUAGUGGCUGGUCAGCUGCAAGGCCCGGGAUACAGUGAACAGGAGCCGGAGUUUCUGGCGCCGCUCGAGAAUAUUACUGUUGCGUUGGGCAGAGAUGUACACUUUACAUGUACUGUCAAUCACCUCGGGAGCUACAAGGUGGCGUGGAUAAAAUCAGACACAAAGACCAUCCUAGCGAUUCACACUCAUAUGGUGAACAUCAAUCCUCGGCUGUCAGUCACACACAACGGGCACAAUACUUGGAAGCUCUACAUUAGCAACGUCGAGCCCAAAGACUCGGGGACGUACAUGUGUCAGAUCAACACGGACCCGAUGAAGAGUCAGAUGGGACAUCUCUCAGUAGUCAUUCCACCAGACAUCGCAGACAGCGAAGGUUCUGAGGCAAGUGUUCCUGAAGGUGGAUCUGUGGAGCUGAAAUGUACAGCUACCGGCGUACCAGAGCCCACAAUAUCGUGGAAACGCGAGGGCGGGCGCAAUAUCGUCUUUCGCGAUGAAAACGGAAACGAAGAGAAAGUUGUAGAGAGCUACGCGGGGUCAACUCUGUCUCUGAAGGGGCUUAGGCGGACGGACAUGGGUACUUACUGGUGUAUCGCUGGCAACGGGGUGCCGCCCAGGAAGAGUCGGAAAUACGAGGUCACUGUGCUUUUCCAACCCAUCGUGCGAGUAGCGAGCCUGGUCCUGUGGCGGAUGGCCGACAUGCAAGUGACAUUACAAUGCUAUGUCGAGGCCUCGCCCAAAUCCCUAACAACGUGGCAAAGGGGGAAAUCGCACACAGGUGCAAAGCUUCUUAACAGUUCAAAAUAUGGGAUCACUGAAGACGUUUUAAAUAAAUAUGCGGUCCGGAUGAAUUUGACGGUGAACCGUCUAAAGAAGAGUGAUUUCGGAGAAUAUACUUGUUCAGCGGUGAACGCUUACGGCAGAGCUAAUGCUACAAUCACUUUGAAAGGUACAAACGCCGCAAAAGACCACUACAACAACAACAACGACCACGACGACAACAACGACGACCACAACACCGCGCCCAACAACCGCACGUACAACAACACGCCCGCCCAAGCGACACCUCAAGAAACAACAGAACCAAAACGCGUUAGAUUUGGACAACAACCUAAUGGGUGUUAA